CACUGAGUGUUCUAUGGUCAAACGUAUUCCAACGCAUGUAUGUUGUGUCAGUAUGGUCAGUGUGACGUAGCAAGAACAUUCUUCCAUCUCAUAAUGAAAAAUGCGCGUUGAAUCGACAAGUUCGGGCUCGUCCCGUUCGUUUUCUGGGAUUGUUUGAGUCUUACUGCUUAAAAAGCGAAUUUGAUGUAAUGGAGUGGUUGGGGGAUUUGAAUACGGCCACCUUCCGUUUUUAUCGAUCACACGAUUAUCCGUUUGGUAAAGUAGCCUUUCGAUAGCUUGGACCUCGGGAUUUCGCUUACCGAAGCCGUUUCUUAAGUUAUCAUGAAGAAAAGUAAAAAGAGCAAAGCCUCUGCAGGCGAAAAAGAUGACGACAAAGUCAAAGUUAAUGAGGUUCAGAAGGAGACUUUGGAAACAACGAUUGCUUCAUUGGAAGCGAAGCUUCGUAACCGACAAGAAAAGUUGCAAGCCCUAGGAAGCGAAAUUGCUCUGGCUAAUGAAAGAUAUUCCAAGGACAUAGAUGAUAAAAACGAUGUCAUCACUUACUUGAAAUCUACGUCAGAAAAGAAGAAUGGUCAGAUCCUUGAACUCCACCAUCGUUUGGAAGGGUUGCUCAAGGAACAGGAAUCGUCCCGUGCAUUUGAAAGGAAAUCCCAUGACAAGCUCGUGGCUGAUUACUCUAAGCAAGUUAAGGAGCUACUUUCCCAGAAUUUGGUGCUCGAGAAGAAGUUGGACGCUCUAGAGGAGUUCAAGAAUCAAAAACAGCACCUAGAACAUCAGUUCCAAGAGCUGGAAUCCAAACAAGCCAGAGUAGUUCAAAGCUACGAAAUGAGAAUCAAGAGCUUGGAACAAGUUCACUCCAAAGAGGAAGAGAGACUAAAAAAUGAUCUGGUGAAGAAAUUGGAGCUGACCGCCUCUCAAUUCCGACAAGCUGCAGUGUCGCAAAUGUCCGCCACCACUCAGCGAACCAUUCGUGAAAACGUCAGCCUCAAUGGACAAGUGCAAUCAUCGGCUCAAGAAUGCAUUCAACUUCGUGUUCAAAUGGAAACCCAUGCCCAACGAAUCCAAGACCUAGAGAGAAGGCUUCAAAUCAGCGAAGAGGAAAGAGAAAACCAAUCCAAAAUUGCUCUGUCGAGGUUGAACGUCAUCAAAGAGUUAAAAGGAGAGACGGAGAGGCUGAACAUGGAAGUCAACCAUCUUACGCUCUUGCUUCAUGAAACCAACGAGUCUCGUCUUGAAGAGGAAGCUAGCGAGAAAAUAUCUAAUGCUUGCUUUGGUUCAAGUGUUGCCAAUGCCAACGCUAAAGACCUCUCAUCACUCGAGUCACUUGAGAGGACCUCCAAAACCCUUACCAAAUACAUUCAUCGCUCAGAUAACUAUCACAAACGCAUUGAAGAGGCCACUAAUUUGAUUCAGAACUGUCUUGGCUUGAAGAUUUGCGAUGCCAAUCAGGCUCAGAGUGCAGCCCGCGAGGAGAUGUUGAGACAGCUCUUGCUCCUUUUGAAUACCACAGAUGAAACCAAGGCCCAAAAGUCCUUAGACGAAAUGACUUUGCCCAUUGAAUAUGUGUCAGGCUCUUUGGGCCUGGUCUAAGCCAAAGAUUUUAACUAAGCGUUUAGCUGAAUCGUCUCUGCAUUUCGAGUUUACGUAACGCUUGUUGUUGUUCCAUCCGUCGGUUAAAUUGUUCUGGUUUUCAAGGAUAGGAAAUGUGAUCAGUGAUCAGCAAUCACAAUUGCAGUCAGGCUCGCCGUUUGGGUUUUGUUGCAAUAUGAUCAAAAUAACUCCCUAGGUUCUGACUAAGUUAAUUUCUUUACUGACAUCCGUAUUGCCACCGUGAAUGUACAUAAUCUACAGCAGUUAAAAGGUUAACCAACCGGCAAUUAACCAACCGGCACCGAGGCCUGAACCCACGACACCCUUAAAAAAGAUUCUCGCCUUGGUUUUCGUAGCCCUUUAGAGUGCUCAUUCUUGUCGCUUUGGUAGAGCUUAUAAAAAUCAACAAUGAACAUCGUUUUGUUAAGGGAACUUAGAAUGAAAUCUAACUGUUUCGAGUUUAUUGAAAAAAGCUGAAUUUACAUAUACUUCGACAGAUUGAAGAAAAUGCAUAGACGGUUAAACAAAAUAGAACUCAACUCGACAAGGGCAGAUAUUGCUGUUUGUCAUCGUGGACUUCAACGGAAAAGUCCAAGCUUCAUGCUUCUAUACUGCCUAUGGGGAGGUGAAUGAAUAGUCAUAAGACCAAACAAAGUACUCAAGGAUUUGAGCCAGCACACGCCAGGGUGCUGCAAAGAAAUAUUGUUCUUGCGUUCAAUGUACAAUGCUGAUCUUAGGCCUGCAACAUUUUAGCUG